GAUAAAAUCAGCAUUACAAUUGCUUUUGAUAGCUUGUGCAAUAUUAUGAAUCAAGAAUUAAUAGACAUAGUAUUUAUUACAUCUUCAGGAAAGACUUUAAUUUGGAGAGCAGAUGAUAUUAAUAUUGAGAAACAAUGGCAGAAAGAAGUAAUUGCUCAAAUUCAUAUACUUUUUGAAGAGACCAAAGAAUUAAAUAUUAGAGCAAAUUGCCUCAUUACAGAUUUAGCAGGAUUAUAUGCUGCAGCUUGUCAUAAUACAGCCUCGGAUGAUGAAUUAAAACUUCCAGCUAAUGUUAAAGCUGCCAUUAACCAUGAUUCUUUUUGGAAUUCGCUUGUAGCAUUAUAUAAUAUACUUUAUCCUUUUUGUGAUGCACUCGAUAUUAUACAAUGUGAUAAAGCUUGUCUUUAUAAUGAUCUUGUAAUUAAUAAAUGGGAAGAAUUACUAAUUAACGAAGAACUGGAAGAAGAAUGUGAUGAUCUUGAUAACACCAAAAUAGAUUUUCUUGAUACAGAAAUUCACCUUGCUGAAAAUCAAACUGCUAAAUAG